AUGGCGCAAGCCGGGAGAACAGGGUAUGAUAACCGGGAGAUCGUGAUGAAGUAUAUCCAUUAUAAGCUGUCACAGAGGGGCUACGAGUGGGACGCAGGAGAUGCGGACACCGCGCCCCUGGGGGCGGCCACCACCCCUGGCAUCUUCUCCUCCCAUCCUGAGAGCAACCCAACGCCCGCUGUGCACCGGGACACUGCUGCCAGGACGUCGCCUCCAGGGCCCCUGGUCGCCACUGCUGGGCCUGUGCUCAGCCCUGUGCCACCUGUGGUCCACCUGACCCUCCGCCGGGCUGGGGAUGACUUCUCCCGUCGCUACCGUCGCGACUUCGCAGAGAUGUCCAGUCAGCUGCACCUGACGCCCUUCACCGCGAGAGGACGCUUUGCCACGGUGGUGGAGGAACUCUUCAGGGAUGGGGUGAACUGGGGGAGGAUUGUGGCCUUCUUUGAGUUUGGUGGGGUCAUGUGUGUGGAGAGCGUCAACAGGGAGAUGUCACCCCUGGUGGACAAUAUCGCCCUGUGGAUGACUGAGUACCUGAACGGGAAUCUGCACGCCUGGAUCCAGGAUAACGGAGGCUGGGACGCCUUUGUGGAACUCUAUGGUCCCAGCAUGCGGCCUCUGUUUGAUCUCUCCUGGCUGUCCCUGAAGACCCUGCUCAGCCUGGCCCUAGUGGGGGCCUGCAUCACUCUGGGUGCCUACCUGGGCCACAAGUGAGAUCCAUGGACCUGCCCCAAACAAAUAUGCAAAUAUGCAAAAGGUUCACUAAAGCAGUAGAGAUAAUAUGCAUUAUCAACUAUGUACCAUGAAACAAAGGUGUGAUCUUUUUAUAAAAGCAGAACACACACACACACACACACAAACACACACACACACACACACACACACACACACACACAGGCACACACAGGCACACACAUUCAGGCAAACAGUCGAAUCAGCUAUUUACUGCCAAAGGGAAAUAUCAUUUAUUUUUUACAUUAUUUAGGAGAAAAAAUGAUUUAUUUAUUUAAGACAGCUCCACUGAAACUCCAGGCUUUGAAGACCCUACCAGGAAUUGCCGAGAACCAUGGUGGCUCCAGCUGCUGGCCUGUGCCUAUGGACACAAAUCUGUUUUCCGUAUUGACCGGACUGGCCCAGCAUCAAAAGAGCAAAUGGCACCGGACCCUAACUGCUGGGGAAGCCGGUUGUCUGGCUGCUGGGAUCUGUGGAGAAGGCUUCAGUGAGAUCUAUAUUCACUGGCCCUGGGGGCUGGGGAACUGGAGGAGGCAGGUGCCUCCUAGGAAGUCUGGUCUUCCUUGAACUGGAGAGGGGACUUUGUAUGUGUGACUCCCAUGGUACAUACCCAGCCAGAGGACAAAGGCUGGGAACUUCAGAUGGACUUGGUACCCGCUGAGACUUCCCCACUGAAGGACAGUGAUGGGAAAAUGCCCUUAAACCACAGGAAAUUAUUUUUUUAAGCUACCAAUUGUGCCGAGAAGCGUUUUAGCAGUUUAUACAGUAUCAUCCAGUACCUUAAGCCCUGAUUGUAGAUAUUCAUAUAUUUUGGAUACACCCAUCCUUCCUCCAAUACUCAUCUGUCUGAGUAGGAAAUAGAGGCUUCUGGAUUUGAGGAAGUGGACGUGUGGUGACUUCUUCAUCGUCAGGAAGAAUGGGGUCACCCAGAGCUUCGGGCGGCUACAAGUGCCUGCUUUCAGGAGACCAUCAUCUGCAGAACCUCCCUGCAGCUCGGCCACAAGGCCUCAGCCUGGCCAAGCGUGGCCCUCACCAGCUUACACACGGGCUCAGAACAGAGCAGUUGGUCUCUGAAUGUCUGGAAGCCAGCAGAGCUCAGACUUGCACAGUAAGACGGAGCAAUAGUGAGACUCGCUGACUGGGGCCUGCUCCCCUCACACCCUUCAGGCAGGCCUGCUUUUUCUGGAGUGGGAGAGAUACCUUUCCUAAGACACUUGCUCCUGCAGAGAAGAGAAAGCAGGCUCAGUGCUUGUCUUGCCAGAGGGCGUGGUGAGGGCAGGGACAACACCCCCCACACAAAAAAGCCUGUGGCCCUCCAGGCAGCCAUAAGCACCUGUUAGCAGUGGUCUGUCACGUUUAAGGCAGGGCUUUAAGUUACCUUGGGGAGGGUCAUAAAUCCUAAGGAAGCACUGAAGCAAGGUUCAAGGAUUCAAUGACCCACGUCUAUGGAAUUACAUGUAAACAUCAUCUUGUUGUAGUUUGGUUUUAUUUGAAAACCUGACAGAGGGAAUAAAAGGUUUCAGGUAUGUAUGGAAUGUGGAGAUUACCCAUACAUCCUGGAGCCAAAAAAAAAAAAAAAAAGGAAAUUUAUAGAGGAAUAAGAAAAGAAGUAAAAUAUCCAGCUAAUGAAAGGGGAAACACUUCUUCCCAAGUUUAGAAUUAGCAUGGAGACAUUUGUGGAGUAACUUCGUGGCAUUAUCACACUCUAUACCAUUCAUCUGUAUUAACUUUGGAAUGUAACAUUCAAUGUUUAUUACUGUGGUUGAUAUUUCAAAAGCUGCUUUCAAAAAGAAUACAUGCAUCUCAGCAUUUUUUUAAAAAUUGUAUUUAGUUUCGACCUCCAGAAUUUUUGUUAGUAACACAAACAAAAAAGAUCAUUUUUCCAUUUGAGAUAUUUGUCUCUUGAUUCCUCAAAAGCAUUUCUGAAAACGUGGGGAAAGCCUGAAAGAGAUGAGGGGGGCUGAGAGAACCUGGGUUUCAUUGCCCCCUCAGCUGUGUUGCUUGAACUCACUUUUCUACCUGGAUACACCCCACCCCACCCCACGGGAUUGCUUAUUGUGAUAGAUAUAGCUGUUGUUCAUUUGACCUUGUUUCUUCAAGGUUUAAUUGUCCCCCGACGAUUCAGCAUUUAACUCAAGUUACUUAGGAUUACAUGCAUGUUUGGAUAAACCCAUGAGGUUCAUUCUGUUGGAAAUCCAGAUGGGAAACAAGGCAAAGGGUUAGAAUCUGGCUAUGGUGGUUGGGCCUUCAGAGAGUUGCUUUGUGUGGCCUGUUCCGGUGUAGAUGCAUCAGGAGCCCUCUUGCCCCCCUCCCCUGAGCCUGCAAGAGCAGGAUAGCCAGACCUCCCAGUAGGUUUCAGAGAACAGUAUGAGCAGAACUUUUCAAGUUAUUGUAACUUUUAAGCAAAAUGUUAUCCUAUGAAAGGUUUACAUUCUCCACGUGAUGAAUAUGGAAUAACAAACCCUGUGCUGCUAUCCCGCCAAGAUCGUUGCAAUGGAGUCAGUUUGCAGUAAGCGCCAAGUGGCGGGCUCCUUCAAGCUGCUUUUAGAAGUAACGAUGAAGAACAUAGACAAUUUAAAUAUAAAACCUGUUUCUCUUUUGUUUUUGUUGUUAUUGUUCAAACUGGGAUUUGUAGAGUAUUUGAAAAAAUGUAUAUAUAUAUAUAUGAGGAAGAGGAAGAGGAAGAGGAAGAGGAAGAAGAAGAAGAAGAAGAAGAAGAAGAAGAAGAAGAAGAAGAAGAAGAAGAAGAAGAAGAAGAAGAAGAAGGAGAAGAAGAAGGUCAUAGGAUUCCUUCAGGUGUGGGAUUCUGUUUCUGAUUUGAAUGGCAAAUUCGCCCAGUCACUGGACCCAGAACUGGACAGUAUUGUGGCAGCACUUGCUCUAAGAGUAGUCGAUUGUUCGUUUUUCUUGUUAAAAACAUGUUAGGUGCAAAGAGUGUAUAUAGAAGCCUUGACUAACCUUUUUCUUCCUCCUCUUUAAAAAACAGUCUCUAUUAUUUUACAGUCAGGCAACAGAGAGCUGUUCCCAUGCAUUUCAUAUUAAGAAGGGUUUCACACCCGAAUUUCAACUCCUCCAUAAGCUUUGGAAUCUUCUCUGCGUCAGUCAAAGGCAUUAGAGACAGCUGACGAGGGGAAGAGCACCCCAGCUCCUCCCAGGGCUCUGCUGCUCACCCUGGCAAUCUGAAAGCGAGAUUAAAAAAAAAAAAAAAAAAUGGAGACGUUCAUCCCCAGGGAUUUCUUAGGGGCUGACCAUGUGUGCAGGUUUGAGAUUUCUACAACAGCCACAGUUAAGGAGGCACGUUCAUGUCAUUCAAAGAAAACCCUCCAUCUUGCCCGGCUUGCUUGUCUCUGCAUGUUCGGGUGUGGCCUUCAUUCAUACACACAUUUUUUUCACUGGCAUAUACUUUUAUUUAUUACAUCUA